ACAAAUAUAUAUUAAAUUGAAUUGAAUUAAAUAGGAGAUUCAGGGAUCUUUGAAGUAUCAAUAUUAUAUGGAUACCUCCACAUGCCAUGGAUACCUGAAACGCACGUGAUUUCGGAACAACAGUGGUGUACUGUAAUAUGCAUUCCUAUUCUCACUGAUGUUUGAAAACAUUCCUUUUAGUGUAAUUAGCUACCAUAUUUACUGCAGUGCUUUCAUCCGGGCAUUUUAAGCGGUUCGUCUCGAAGAUCAACAAACCAGACAUGGCAUCAUAUGGUAAGAAGACAACUUUAGCGGGAGGUGGAGCUCGCAAGAAGGGCGGACCCAAACCAGAACUGACAGAUGAACAGAGACAGGAAAUCCGAGAAGCUUUCGAUUUGUUUGACACAGAUGGCUCUGGUACAAUAGAUGCUAAGGAAUUAAAGGUAGCAAUGAGGGCUCUUGGGUUUGAACCAAAGAAAGAAGAAAUCAAGAAGAUGAUAGCUGAUAUUGACAAAGAAGGAUCUGGUACUAUUGACUACAAUGACUUCCAAAAUAUCAUGACACAAAAAAUGAGUGAAAAAGAUUUAAAAGAAGAAAUUCAGAAAGCUUUUCGGCUGUUUGAUGAUGAUGACACAGGCAAGAUCUCUUUCAAGAACUUGAAGAGGGUGUCCAAAGAAUUAGGAGAAAAUCUAACAGAUGAAGAACUUCAAGAAAUGAUUGAUGAAGCAGAUCGGGAUGGAGAUGGUGAAAUCAAUGAACAAGAAUUCCUGAAGAUCAUGAAGAAAACAAGUCUUUACUAACCACCACUAGACUGUUCAAUCUCAAACAUUCAAAGCCACAUUCUCAUUGGUUGUGUGGGACCACAGAAAGGCACCAAGUUGAAUGAGUGAGAAUUCUUUCUUGUUUUGAGUGAAUGGAUGAAUGAAAAAGAGGAGUGGGUGAUAAACUGUAGAUUAUUUAUGCAUUACAGGUGAAAAUUCAGAUAUUUAUUGUGAAUAGAGUGACAAUAAUGAACAGCCCUUUCAAUGUUUUACAUUUAAUGUUUCAGACAAUCCAAAGUACCUCAAUAGUUCCAACAUUGUGCUCCUUUGUUCUCAUUUCAGUUUUUGUUAUGAUAGGUAUUUUGUCUUCUGUUUUAUGCUAGAAAAAAACAUCAAUUGAAGAGAGUGUUCAAUAGAAUUUCUUGAAUAACUUAUAUGCUGAACACUGAUAAUUAAAAUCUGACAUUAUAUGUAUAUAUGUGUGUGUACAAUAUUUAGAUCUGAUUCAGAGAAGCAUUUAUCUCCGUCUGUUUUAGUUGUUUGUUUUGUGAACUCGUAGUAAUUUUUGAAAUAUCAGAUAUUGCCAUGAAAUAAACUAUUUAAUGCCUCCA